AUGAAAUUAUCAUUAUUUGGAAUUGCACUAUCUAGUAAAUAAGGAUUAUAUUAAUCUAUUAAAAUAAAUUUAUAACAAAAUAUUGAAGCUAUUUUUACAAUUGUGAUAGUAGUAUGAUAUUUUACAUUAAAAAAAGUAUAAAAAAGAAAUUAUUACAAAAUCAUAAUUUAAACAAAUAAAUUUUAAUGCAUUUGAAGAAUUGAAUGAUUAAAAAUAAUAAUCAGAAAUCAAUCAUAAUUAAACAGAAUCUAUAAAAAGAGAAACAUUAAAACAGAAGGAAAUAAUUUUGGGUAAAGAUUAAAGAAAAGAUAUUAUGAACAAGAUCAUUUAUUAAUUCAUUUCUUUUGAAAGAAAGAGAUAAUAAUGA